AUGCUUGAUGACUGGACAAUCCGUUCGAUGUUCAGUCAUCAAACAGCGAACUACGCCAAGCUAACGACAGUAAAACCAGCACUUAUGGCAUUGUCCAUCUUGGCCCAGAUUAUAGCCUCGACUCUUAUUAAGGGCCUGUUACCAACAUUCACCAUUCAUACGUUGCAAUCUAGCACCACCACACCAACACAUCAUUCACCAAAUCAGCUUGUGUGCUUUAUUAAUAACAGGAAUGCUCGACCGCUAUCCAAGGAGGAAGUCAAUAAGAACUUGCAGCGGAAAUAUGCUCCACCAUGUGCACUCAACAAUCUGAUAUUUGUGAUUUCCCUUGCUCUUUAA